AUGAACCCACAGAUUACUACAACUUCUUCUUCUUCUUCUUCUUCUUUUUCUUCUUCAACACCAAUACUAACACCAACACCAACUAAAAUAAAAGUAACAACAAAUAAUAAUAAUACAUCACCAAAUACUACAACUUUAAAUACAUCAACAACACACAACAAUACAACAUCAACGACAGAAAAUGAUAAUACUAAUUGUGAAAAGAAAAAGAAUAAACCAAUAAAAAUAAAAAGAGAUAAUGGAGUUAUCAUUAAUAAUAAUGUAUCACUUUCAAAAGCUAGAAAACAAUUUGGUUCAAUAAAAUUUGAAGAUUUUAUUAUUGUUGAACAACAACCAACAACUACCGCCACCACAACAACUGGUGUAAACACAACAUCAACCACUACUACCAAUACAACCUCAUCAAUACCGACAGAAAAACUUAAAAAGAAGAAGAAUUUCUUAAUAAAAGAUGAAAAACCUCCAAAACCAACUAGAUUAAAAAGAGAUAUACAACUAUUCACUUCAAUUAAAGAAAACUAUACAAAAGAAAAACAAUUACAAAAAGAAGAAAAUAAAAUAAAUAUAGAAAAUCAAUCUGAAAAAACAAAUAUUUCAAUUGAAAAUCAUGAGAAUACUGAUGAAAAUCUGGAAAAUAAUGUAAAAAGCCUUGAACAACAACAACAACAACAACAACAACAACAACCACAAGUUCAACAACAAGUCCAACAACAAGUUCAACAACAAAAUUUUCAAGAAUAUAUAAAUCAAAUUUUACCAAAUAAUGAUAUAAAUAAUACUUGUAAAGAAUUAAUUGGAAUAUUAAGAAAAUUUCAAGAGAAAUCAUAUUUAAAUAAUCCAGAUAAACCAAAAAAAAGAUAUAUUUGUGGAUUAAGAGAAACUUUAAAAUUUGUAGAAUCAAAUAAAGUCUCAUGUGUAAUUAUAACACCAACCAUUGAAGAGAAUGGUGCAUUAAAUAAAAUUGUUGAAGAUAUAGUUAGAAUGUGUAAAUCAAGAUCUAUUCUAUACACGUUUGCAUUAUCAAGUAGAUCAUUAGGUAAAUUAAUAGGUAAAACAAUUAAAAUCACUGUAUUGGGUAUAUUAGAUUAUGAUGGUGCAAAUGAAAUCUAUCAAAAAUUAUUCACUCAAACAAAACAAUCUAGAGAUGAAUUCUUUAAAAUUCAAAAUAUAUUAAAGUUAAAAGAAAAAGAAGAAAAAGAACUUGAAAAAGUAGAAAAAGUACAAAAAGAAGAAAAUCAUAUAGAAAAUACAACAACGGCAACAACAACAACAACAACUACUACUACUACCAUUACAACAAAUAAUAUACCUAAAAAAUCAAUACUAAUUGUAGAUGAUGAAAAAAUAAAAUUAAUGUUAGAAAGAAAAGAAAAUAUUGAGCAAUAUAAAGAGAUUGAAACAUUGUAUAAAGAAGAGAAAAAGGAAUUUAAAAAACAAUAUAAAGAACAACAAAAGGAGUUUCAAGUAAUUAGACAACAAAAGAAAGAAUUGGAAGAAAAAAAAGAACAAGAAAGAAAGAGACUUCAAAGAUUAAAGCAAAAAGAUAUAAAACAACAACCACAACCACAACAACAAAAUCAAAAUCCAAAAAAAUUAAAUUUUGGAAAUAAUAACAACACAACAUUACAAAAAGAUGUUUCUGAUCAAUUAUUAUAUGAUAACACUAAUGAAGUAAUUCAUUCUCAAACAAACAGCAAAACAACUGAAAAAUCAAAUAAUAAAAAAAAAAAUAAAAAAUAA